UUCCUUCUAAAGCAAAGAUUGUAUGGGAAAAAUUCUCUGGACAAACUGCUUUUGAAAGAGAUAUGUAUUUACGUGACUCAUUUCCAGAAGAUUUUAAAUGGGGGGUUUCAACCUCUGCAUAUCAAAUUGAGGGAGGAUGGGAUGCUGAUGGUAAAGGGCCUAGCACAUGGGACACAUUUACACAUGUUCCUGGGAACAUUUAUAAUAAUGACAAUGGAGAUAUUGCUUGUGACAGUUAUCAUCAACUGGAUGCUGAUCUGUACAUGCUAAGGGCCUUAGGAGUGUCAAGCUACAGGUUCUCCUUGUCUUGGUCUCGCAUUUUUCCAACUGGAAAUGGCACAGUCAAUGACAAAGGUGUUGAGAUAGAUGGAGUGAAUCUUAAAGGAUACACUGCCUGGUCUCUAAUGGAUACCUUUGAAUGGAACUCUGGAUAUAGUGUGAGGUUUGGCUUGCAUCAUGUGAACUUCAUAAAUCCCAGCAGACCAAGAACACCGAAACGCUCUGCAAUUUAUUAUGCAUCAGUUAUUCAUAACAACGGAAUACCAAUGGAGAAAGAGGAAGAGUUCUUAUAUGGAGAGUUCCACAAAGGCUUUGCUUGGGGUGUUGCAUCUUCAUCUUAUCAGAUUGAGGGUGCCUGGAGGACAGAUGGAAAAGGACUGAGCAUCUGGGAUCAGUUUUCACACUCCCCAGACACAAUUGAAAAUAAUGACAAUGGAGAUGUUGCCUGUAACAGCUACAACAGACUAGAGCAAGAUGUGGCACUGCUUAAGGAACUCAAGGUGACGCACUACCGAUUUUCUAUCUCCUGGCCAAGGGUUCUCCCUGAUGGAACUGUUAAAACUGUCAAUGAGAUUGGGCUGAAUUACUACAUCCGAUUGGUUGAUGCCCUCCUAGCUGCCAAUAUCACUCCCCAGGUGACUCUUUACCACUGGGAUCUGCCACAAGCAUUGCAAGACAUUGGAGGUUGGGAAAAUGAAACGAUAGUGGAAAGGUUUAAAGAAUAUGCUGACUUGCUCUUUAAAAGGCUGGGAGAUAAAGUGAAAUUCUGGAUCACUCACAAUGAACCGUAUAUCAUAGCUAACCUUGGGUAUGGUUAUGGCGUAUUUGCACCAGGAAUUUCAAGACCAGGCGAGGCACCAUAUAUAGUGGGACAUAACUUAAUAAAAUCUCAUGCUGAGGCGUGGCACUUGUACAAUGACACCUACAGAGCUAAGCAAGGGGGGCUUAUUUCUAUCACUAUUAACUCAGACUGGGCAGAGCCAAUAAACCCCUAUAAACAGGAGGAUGCUGAUGCAGUUGAGAGAUACAUGACGUUUUUCGCUGGUUGGUUUGCUGAUCCCAUUUUCAAAAAUGGAGACUAUAAUGAGAUAAUGAAAACAAAUAUAAGGGAAAGAAGCCUUGCUCAGGGGUUGUCAAAAUCACGACUACCAGAAUUCACAGAAAGUGAAAAGAUGAGGAUUAAAGGGACAUAUGACUUUUUUGGGCUCAAUCACUAUACCUCAGUUUUAGUAGCAACUGCCAUCUACCCAAAUUCAGAGCAAUCCUAUGAUGCAGACAGGGGUGUAUAUGUACUGUCUGAUCGAACCUGGCUUGGAUCAGGUUCCGUUUGGUUGAAAGUGACACCUUUUGGCUUUAGAAGGCUACUGAACUGGAUAAAGGAAGAGUACAACAAUCCUCCUAUCUAUGUAACCGAGAAUGGUGUAUCUGAACGUGGAACAAACCUAAAGGACGUCUGGAGAGAGUAUUACUACAAGAACUAUGUUAAUGAAGCACUUAAAGCUGUACAUUAUGAUGGCGUGGACCUUCGGGGAUAUACAGCAUGGUGUUUGAUGGAUAAUUUUGAAUGGGGAGCAGGAUAUGCUGAAAGGUUUGGUAUGUUUUACACAAACUACACAGAUCCAAGCUUGCCAAGAACUCCUAAGGAGUCUACAAAAUAUUACAGAACUCUCAUUAAGUGCAAUGGCUUUCCUGACCCAAGUAAUGGAUCACAUCCUUGUCUAGAGCCGGAACCAGAAGGUACAACCAUGUCUACAACCAGCCAUAUACAUCUUACUUCUAAAUUCCCAGAAGAUAAUGAAGAUGGAGUGGUUUACUUUCUUGGUUUGGAAAUAUCACCAUCAAAUGCAAAGAUAGCUCUAUAUGUGGAAUUUGCACUUUUAAUUGCUGCAGUUUUGGGAAUUGUCGUCUUUGUUAUUAUUUAUGUCAAGAAGGUUAAAAAAUUAAAGAAAACUAAUGUAUUUUAAAAUGUUACCUGCAACAAUCUGAACAGAAUGCACAAUUGUAAUUUGUUUGCUUUUUAAUAUUCUCUAAUUAAAAUAAAAAUUGCUUUAAAACUAAUGCAUAAGA